AUGCUGCCCGCCUGCCGCGGCCCCGCUGUCCGGGGCGAGCUGGGAGCGGGCGGUGCCGCCUGGGACAACGACCUCGCCUUCUACGUGCUAUGGGCGCUGCGGGAGCCGCCGCGGCGGCUGAGCAGCCAGUCCAGCAAGAUGGGUUACCAGGCCUGGCUGCCCCUGCCACUGCCUAGGCAGCUGGUAGUGUUCAGCCUGGGGGACUGGAGCUGCUACUCCCCAGACACCUGCAUCACAGUGGACGUGUUGGUGGCACCGGGCGUCAGGGUGCAGCGGCUCGGCACGCUGGGGCCUGCCUGCAGGUCUCUGGUGUGGGAAGGAGACUGGCAGACGGAUGUUUUCAUGGCCUCACUGAAAGAAACGCAUGAUGGCAACCCUGUGAAGCUUGUCCUGACUGUCCAUGGACAGCUGCUCCAUGGAGUCUCCAGCAGUACACCUGCACACUCAUUUCUGGUCCCAGAGACCACCCAGUCCCCAGUGCUUCCUGCUGAUGAUGGGCCCCUUGAUCAGGACCUGGAGGAUCCUUCUGCUGUUAAGGGUCAGAGCUCCAAGAUGACUGCAAGAGCUUCCUGGCCUGCUAGGAAGGACUUCCACACAUCACUAAGGAGCCUAGUGGUACCCUGCGCCCUGAAGCAACCACCUCAUGAGAUAGAACCCGGUGAUGCCUGGAGGGAGAGUCCUGUCUGCCCCAAGGAGCCCAGGAAAGCUUUAUUUGAACCCAGAGCAUCUGAGAGAGAGCUUGAUGUAGAAGAUCUGGCAAUGGAGGAGUUGCAAGGCAGCCCCAGCCCACGGUGGUGCCAUGCCAUGUGCCUCAGCGAUCACAGAACGGUUGUUCUGGUUGGUGGAGAAGGGGCUGAUCAGCAGGCCUGCAAGGAUGCUCUUUGGAAGUUGGAAAUUGACAGCGAUUUUUGGUUUCCAGUGAGUCUCCAGCAACGAAAUGCUAUGCCGUCAUGCUUACGUGGUCACACAGCUACCUAUGACCCAGACACCAAGCGUAUCUACAUUUUUGGGGGUAUUAGGGAGGACAAAGACUACAGCGGCAUCUACAUUCUGGACACAGUCACCUGGAAAUGGCUUCUUGUGGUUGCUAAAGGAAGAAUGCCAUCGCUCAGCUACCACAGUGCAACUUUCUACCGCAAGGAGCUCUUUGUUUUUGGAGGAGCUUUCCCUAAAACAGCAUCACUGGCAGUUGGACCCUGCAGCAACAUGCUCUAUAUCUUCAAUCCAGAACAUGAAAUUUGGUACCAGCCCAUCUCAGAAGGGGAAAAGCCUCUGCCUAGGCUUGGGCAUUCAGCUACUCUACUGAAGAACAAGCUGCUGAUCUUUGGGGGUCAGAGGUCUUGUCUCUACCUCAGUGACAUGCACAUCUUGGAUCUGGGUUUCAUGGAAUAUACACCAGUUGCACUCUGUGCAGGACAGCCUUCUGCACGCUGUUUUCAUGCAGCUCUGGCUGUGUCAGACUGGAAAGUUCUGAUCAGUGGAGGCUGCAAUGCCAAGGGAGCCCUGCAGGAUGCCUUUGUUUUUAACCUAGAUACUCUUUCAUGGAGCACAGUGAUCCACCAUGACCUCUGCUCUGUGCCACGAGCUGGCCACACGUUGCUUGAUCUGACUCCCAUGAUGGAUGUGGACAAAGAGAACAAGAAUAAGCAUAAACUGCACACGGUGCUGGUCUUCGGGGGCUCCAACUGUGCAGGGGCCUUUUACAACAGCACAAAGAAGAUCCAACUGGACCUAGGAUAAUGCAGGAUAACCAGAAUGAGUCUGUCCCCUCUUUGCCAGCUUAAAGAGGGUUAAUAAUGAGUCCCAGUAAUAAAUGAGUCCCAGCAAUGUGGCAAGUGAAUGCU